AUGUCUGAAUUCGCCCUCCAAGAAAACCUGCUCGCCCUCUCCGACCCUUCCCUCUACCAAAUCCAGUCCGAACUCGACGUCCCCUCCCUCUCCGCCAACAGCAUUGAUUCCUCCCUCUCCACAGCGAUAGAAAUCAUCGCCGGCGACCCUGAUGCGCUGUACCACUCCUCCCCCCAGACAUUCAACAUCUUCCUCUCCAUCCUCAAAUACGCCGACCAACCUCAGAUCAAUGCGACAGUCUUGACCAAGCUGCUAGACGUGAUCGUCUCUGGCUUGACGCACCACUCCAAUGCUGUCAUGACGAUCGUCAACAGCCAGUCGUUUGGGAGCGAGGCUGAUAUGGACGCGCCGAUGAUCCACAAGCAGCCUUUGGAGAUGUGGGCGUUUUUACUGCAGUGGCUGGUGAAUGCCGCGGAACGAGGUGCUGGACGGACGAACGACGAGCCCCGAGCUACAACGGGAAGAGGAAAGAAAAAGACAAAGAACGCUCCUCCAUCCACCUCUUUCCAAUUCGGCGACCACCUCCCCCUCGUCCUCGGUGCCAUGCACAAGACGCUCCGAAUCCCUUCUUCCCGGUUAUGGCGCACCAGCUCCGAAAGAGAAGCCUUCAUCUCUUGCUUCGUCAAGCCAGCCUACCAACUAGCAGAGACCGAAGCCUAUCUCAAAGUUCAAGAGAUCCGCCUCGGCAUCUUCAAAACCAUCUGCCUCGCCGUCAAAUUCCACCAACACGCCUUUGGCGCCCAAACCAGCAUCAUGCAAAACCUCACCUAUUUCGAACACCUCUCCGAACCAAUGGCGGAGCUGCUAGCGAUUCUGGAGAAGGAGUUUGAUUUUUCGCAGUUGGGUGAAGAGGUUUUGAGGGAUGUGGCGGGAAAGAGCUUUGCGCACAAUGAUGCGAAGGGUCCGAGGAGUUUCUCAAAAUUUUUGGUGAGGCUGGCGGAGCUGAGUCCGAGGAUGGUGCAGAAGCAGAUGCCGCUUUUACUAGCUCAUCUGGAUAGCGAUGCGCAUCCCAUGCGAAUGGCGAUCGUCGAAAUCAUCGGUAUCCUCAUCCGCGACAUCUCAUCCUCCGACGAAGGCGACGAAGAGCAAAAGACAAAGCAGGUCAACAAGUUCUUUGAGUUGCUCAUGGAGCGUUAUCUCGAUCUCAACUCUUGGGUGAGAUGUAAAGUCUUGACAACACUGAUCAAGCUCUGCGACCUCCCAGCCAAAUUCCCCAAACAACGCCGCCAAAUAACAGAACUCACCAUCCGAACCCUCGAAGACAAGACCUCCUCCGCCCGGCGAUACGCCAUCCAACUCCUAUGCAAAUUGCUCGAGACGCACCCGUUCGGAGCGCUCCAUGGGGGGACGCUGAAUAUUGACGAGUGGCAGGAGAGGUAUACGAAGAUUAAUGAAGAGUUGAAGAAGGUGGAUGCGGUGGAGUUGGAGAAGGCGAAAAGGGAGGUUGGGGUGCCGGAUGAGCAUGAGGAGGAUGAGGAGGAUGAGGGGGAGAAGACGGAGGUGGAUGAGUAUGAGGAGAGCCAGGAGAGUACUGUCAAGACCGAAGAGGCGGGCGAAGCUGGAGAAGAUGGUGAGGCCGCCCCUGCGAAAGAAAAGAAGAAGCCUCGUCAAUCCCACCUCGACCUCUCCGGCAUCCAAUCCGAACAAACCCAACUCGACCCCAGACUCGUCAACAAACUCCGCCUCACGAAGAAAUACUACGCCGACGCUCUCCGUUUCGUCACCCAGCUCGAAAACGCCAUCCCCACCCUCUGCCAGCUGCUCGUCUCCACCACCAAGACGGAAGUCUUGGAAGCGAUGCGCUUCUUCAGGGUGGCGUACGAGUAUGAUCUUGCUGGGGCGGAGAACGGGAUCAAGACGAUGUUGCAUCUGAUUUGGACGAAGGAUAAUAAUGCGACGGCUGGGGAGGAGAAUGAGGGUAAGGGUGUGAGGGGGAGUGUUAUUGAGUGUUAUAGGAGCUUGUACUUUGAUGUCGUCCCGGACUUGUCGCCCAAGCAGCAGGUGAAUAGGAUCGCAAAGAACAUGAUCGAGCGGACUUAUAAUGCUACGUUGGCAGAGUUGACGAGUUUGGAAGAGUUGAUGCGGACGAUGAUGAAUGAGGGUGGAGUGCAUAGUGAUGUGAUCAACAAGCUCUGGCAGGUUUACAGUACGGACCAAGAGAUCCCCAAACCUCAACGUCAAGGCGCUAUCAUCAUCCUUGGUAUGCUCGCUCUCGCCAAGCGAGAGGUCGUGACAGAGAGGGUCGAAAGCCUUCUCAAAAUCGGUCUCGGGUCUUUAGGCAUGCACGACUUGGUGCUCGCCCGAUACAGCUGUAUCGCCCUCCAACGUCUCGGCGGUUCCGUCAAAAAAGUCAAAGGUUCCCUCACAGACAAGACCAUGCGUCUCCCCAUGGACAAUCCCAUCUUCAUCAAGCUUCGCGACAUUAUCGAGUAUUCUCCGAAAUCGCAAUCGCCCCAUUGGUUUGCGAUGGCCGAACAGGCUAUCAAUACAAUUUAUUUGUUGGGCGAGCAACCUGAUGGGCUUUGCGGGCAGAUUGUGAAAAAUCUGACAAAGAGGGUUUAUGAGGGGCAGAAGAAGGAGGCUGCGGUGGCGGCGGAGAAGGAGGCCGAGCCGGUUGCUGAAGAGCAGGGGCAAGGUCAAGAGGAGGGGGUUGAAGGGGAGGAAGCGGCGCCCGAUGGGGAGGCUGCUGUCGAGGCUUCCGAGGCUCCCGAAGCCCCCGAGACUCCUACUACGCCCGUCGUCGAUGCCCAAGAGGACAAGCCAGGAACUACCAGCAGUUUCCGCCUCGCCCAGCUUGUAUUCAGUGUCGGCCACGUCGCUAUCAAGCACAUUGUCUACCUCGAGCUGGUGGAGAGAGAAUUCAAGAGAAGAAAGGACGAGAAGGCUAAAGAGAAGGCUGCAGGCAAGGCCGGAGAGAAGGACCAGAAUGAUCUCGACGCUGUUGCCGGUAAUGCUGAGGAUGAUAUUGGCGAUCUGAUCUCUGGCGUUCGUGAGAAGGAGCUGCUCUAUGGAGAACAGAGUCUGCUGGCGGUGUAUGGCCCUAUGAUUGCGCACAUAUGUGCCAGUCCCAAGCGAUACCGCAAUCCCACUCUCCGUCAAGCCGCAACCCUUGCGAUGACAAAGCUCAUGUGUGUCUCUGCUGAGUUCUGUGAGGCGCAUUUGCUCUUGGUAUUCCGAAUCCUUGAGACUAGCAAGGACCCGGUGGUGAGGAGUAACAUCGUAAUCGCCCUCGGUGAUAUUGCGGUCUGCUUCGGAAAUCUUAUAGACGACAACUCUGAACGCUUGUAUCAAGGCCUCGCCGACUCCGACCUUGUCGUAAAGAAGAACACCUUGAUGGUCCUCACCCAUCUGAUCCUCAACGGUAUGAUCAAGGUCAAGGGACAGCUCGGUGAAAUGGCCAAGUGCCUCGAAGAUCCCGAUCAACGUAUCUCCGACCUUGCCAAAUUGUUCUUCACCGAGCUCUCCACCAAGGACAAUGCUCUGUACAACAACUUGCAGGACGUCAUCAGUCAUCUCAGUAUUGGCGCGCACGCGGUGGAUGAAGAGACUUUCGAGAGGACUAUGCGGUUCAUCUUCACCUUCAUCGAGAAGGACAAGCAAGCGGAAGCCAUUGUGGAAAAGCUCUGUCAGAGAUUCAGGCUGGCAACGGAAGAAAGACAAUGGCGCGAUAUAUCGUACUGUCUGUCGCUCUUGCCGUUCAAGUCCGAGAGGUCUUUGAAGAGGCUCAUUGAAGGUCUGCCGUUCUAUCAAGACAAGCUUCACGAGGAGACAGUCUUCAAGCGUUUCGUUGAGAUCCUGGCGAAGGCUCGAGCCAACAAGGCUGCCAACAAGCCCGAGACAGAGAUGCAAGAAUUCGAGCGUAUUCUCAACGAACAUCAAGCCAAGGGCCUCGAAGACCAAGCUCUCGAAGCCGACGUACUGCGCAAGACCAAAGCCGCCAAACGACGAGCCGCCAAGAGACCAGCCCAAACCAACACGCGAACCUCCAGGCGCAAGGCUGCGACCCGAGAAGAGGAUGAAGAAGAAGAGGAUGCGGGGUUGGAGGAGGAAGCUGUGGAAGCCGAGGAACAGGAAGAGGUCGAAGAGGAAGAGGUCAGACCGAAAAGAGGGAAGAAGGCGCCAGCUGCCAAGAAAGCGCCUGCGCGGAGAGGGAGAAAGAAGGUAGUGGAGAGCGAGGACGAGGAAGAAGAGGAAGAGGAUGACGAGUAG